CUCCGGAGCCCCGGGAGGAGAAGGGCCGGCGACUUGGCUACGGGUCUUUCUUCCUAGGCUUUCACUUUCCGGUUCUUUGAAAUCACGGCUGAUUGACAUGGAGGAUUCGGCGGCGGCGGUGCUGAAGCGGGCGGUGGAACUGGAUUCGGCUUCGCGUUUUCAGGAGUCGCUGAUUUGCUACCAGGAAGGGAUCGAUCUCCUCCUCAGUGUGCUGAAAGCUACAAAAGAUGAGAAGAAAAAGGCUUACUACAGAAACAAAAUAUCAAGUUACAUGAACAGAGCUGAAGGAAUUAAAAAAUGUGUUGUGAAGGAAAAAGAAGAUGGGAAAUGCCACAAACAAAUAAAAAUUGAAGAGAAUAGCAAAGGAUUCAGCUAUGAAAAACUGUUCCAAGAGUAUCUAAAUGAAACUGUUACAGAGGUUUGGGUUGAGGAUCCUUACAUUCGCCAAACUCAUCAGUUGUACAACUUCUUAAGAUUCUGUGAAAUGCUCGUUAAAGGACCAUGCAGAAUGAAAACUAUACACCUUCUUACAUCUCAUGAAGAAGGUCAUGGAAAGAAUCAACAGAUGGGUUCUUUAGAAGAAAUGCAACAGUCUCUAAGGAAUUUCGGCAUUACACUGGAUAUAUCAUAUUCUUCUUCAAUACAUGAUCGAGAGAUUAGAUUCAACAAUGGAUGGAUGUUUAAAAUCGGAAGAGGCCUUGAUUAUUUUAAAAAACCACAGGGUCGUUUUUGCCUUGGAUAUUGUGAUUUUGAUUUGAGGCCUUGUCAUGAAACUACUGUGGACAUCUUUCACAAUAACUACACAAAGAAGACGAUUCCUUCUGAAACCACUCCUGUUUCCUAGGUAAAAUCCUUGUCAAGGUGUAUAUUUAAUAUGCUUUUUAAUAAAAUAAAUUGUUGUUUAAGCAAAAAAAUACGUUUAUCUCAAGAUACCCUUAAAAGAGGCUUCGACUGUUAAAUUUUGCUUAAAGGAAAAUCACCUUAAUCACCUUACCUUAAUUAACAUCAGGUAAAAUAUUGGAAGAAUAAUUAAAUUAAAACCAACUACUGAAUAUAUUUUAAAAAUGCAAUGACUGGAGUCACUACUUCAAACAAAUAGCUAAAAUAAACCUAAGAUACAGGUUCGUUCAAAGUUAUGACUGAAUGAAUAGUUUUCUCAUAGUUUAGCUGUUGCAUUGUCCCCAGUCAUGACUGCCAUUUGGAUAUUUACUUGAUGUCCUGCUUGGGAUUAUGUUGUUUCCGGGACUGUGGUCAUGUGAUUGUGAUUUCCAAUAUUCCCUGCCAACUUCCCACAAACAAAAGCUGGGAAAACUGGCUGGAAGUCAGUCAUGUGAGCUGCUUGUUUAAUGAUCAUUUGAUGUAGCCCUGCAAAACUGCUGUCCCACUUUAUGAGUGCAUCACUUAGCAAUAGCAAUUCCAGUCAAUUGUUGUCAUAAGCCAAGGACUUUUGAAUUUAGCAGUCUAAAAACAGAGCUAGCUACAAUUGCCUCAAGCUAUAUGAAGUAUUGUAUAUAUAGAGAGAAAAGGUGCCUGCCAAAUUCGUUGAACAUUAAAUGGUGCUGAAUGGAGAGGAUUUUUGGACAGUUACACAGCAGUCACUUAGGUCACAUAGCAUGCUGAUGUAUUUUGAAUGGAGUCCACCUGCUUUUUGCUUUUUUCAAACUACAAAAACCAUGCCACUACC